AUGGAGGACGCCCCGUGUAUUGGCAUCUCCGCUGCCUCCGGAAGGAGCGCAGCAUCCACGUGCCCAGUGUGCCAUCAGGCGGUCUCCAAGUACACGUGCCCAAAGUGCCGCACGCUCUAUUGCUCCUCGGAUUGCUACAACCGUCACAACGACGGGCGGUGCGUGAGGCAGUUCCAAGAGGAGCAGGUCUUGGAGGCAGUCAAGGCAGCGAGAGUUACAGCGAUUGAUAAGCGCAACUUUGAGCAGAAACUCUCUCGCAUUCGCGCCCACGAACGAGCGGCUGAAGACGAGGACGACGAUGAGGGCGACGCGCCGCGUGAGAGAGGCCCUCGCGGGGGGCGAGCCUCAGAGGGAGAGAGACGGCGAGAGGAGGAAGCGGAAGGAGACGAAUCCGGCCUCCUCAAUGGCAUGGACGACGAGAGGCACGCGCAGCUGAUGGAGCUGGCGCACUCGGGCCUGCUGGACGAGGACGCUCUGACUGAGGAGGAACGGCGAGCGUUCCAUCACGCCGUGGGGACUGGCGCCCUAGCUCAGUAUCUCGAGCCGUGGGAGCCGUGGUGGCAAAAGGCCGAGCUCCAUCCUCCGGUCGCGCCGCCUCCGCACUGUUGCUGCGCGCCUGAGAGGAAAGUCCACUUCGCGGUGUUCAACACUCUCCUCCAGCUCAUGUACGCGUACGCGCACUGUAUGAGGAGCUACAACGGCGAUGUCGAGGAGGUGGAGCUACAAGAGGCCUGCCAGCAUAUUCUAGCCGUCGCCCAGGCCUUGGGUGCCUCCCAGCCCCCGCCCACCCCUCUGGAGAGCCUGGACGUCGCCAUUACUGCCACUUCGUCGCACGCGGUGCAGUGCAAAGACCCCGAGUUCAACGCGCUUUGCCUGCAAGAUCUGAAGGGCCUCUUCAGCUGCCGCGAGCACGCCUUCCACGCGAUUGAAGAGACUCUCAGGAUGCUUCACGGCCUUCUCGAGAUGGUCGCUGAAGUGCAGGAGGAGGAGAAAGCUGAAGACGAGGCGCGGCUGGCAGCCAAGCUUGAGGGGAAGGAACGCGGAAAAAGAGAAGAGGAGCGAGAAGCGUUCAGGCGCGCGGUGAAGGAGAGGCGUCAGCAUCUGAAGACUCUGAGCCGCAACCUACAGAUGAGCGAGCGUAAAGUUCUUUUCCUCGGUUCGUUUCUGUGGCAUCACUGGGCGGAGGUUUCCGCGCUGGUGCCUGCCGCCAUGGUUCACGUCAAGGCUAAGGAGGAGCAGCUGCAGGCUGUCCUCAAGGAGAUUCAGACGAUAAAGGCGAGCAGAGCUGCGGCGGCGCGCGCGUACGCCAUGUCUCGUCGCUGCGACGACAUUGGCGCAGUUCCGCUGUCCUCUCUGUCUCCACACCCCAAGAGCAGCGCGCAGACCCUCUCUAGCCAGCAAGGAGUCUCAGGGUCCACGGACAGCGGAGCCCGCGCUCCGGCUAGCCAGCCGCCAAGGGCGCGUGGCACGCCCGGCCGUGGCGAGGACAGCGGAGCAGCUGCGGCUCGCGACUCCGACUCGGACGGAGGCAGAAAUUUUAACUCUUCCGCAUCUGCUGCUGCUGUCCCUGCGCCCGUAACUGCCCUAGCACCGCUUGCUACGAGUUCCACUCUGCGUGACAAAAAAGACGAACCUUCGGGAGUGCUUGAGGCGCUUCUCAUCGCGGACGUGGCUGGGAAGGGGGGCGCCAGCAAGCGACAGCACGCGGGGGGUCACCCGGCUGCUGCUGUGUGGUUGCCGCUUCGUGAUUGA